CAGGCACUGGCGGCGCGGCGGCGGGCAGAGCUGUCCACCUGCGGCAGGCGCGCGGGCACCCGCAGCCCGUUCGCUCCCAGCCGCAGAGCGGUGCGGUUGUGAGCAGCGUCCGGGAGGAGGAGAGAGAGGGGGAGCUAUGGCCGAGGGGGGCGAAGGCGAGGACGAGAUCCAGUUCCUGCGAACUGAUGAUGAAGUGGUUCUGCAGUGCACUGCAACGGUUCACAAGGAGCAACAGAAAUUGUGUCUUGCUGCAGAAGGAUUUGGCAACAGGCUUUGCUUUUUGGAAUCCACAUCAAAUUCUAAGAAUGUGCCGCCUGAUUUGUCCAUCUGCACCUUUGUGCUUGAGCAGUCUCUGUCAGUACGAGCCCUGCAGGAAAUGCUGGCUAACACAGAGGAGAAGGCAGAAGGGCUAGUUGAUGUGGAAAAAUGGAAAUUUAUGAUGAAGUCUGCACAAGGUGGUGGUCAUCGAACACUCCUCUAUGGACAUGCAAUCCUGCUGCGCCAUUCCUACAGUGGCAUGUAUCUGUGCUGCCUCUCAACAUCUCGAUCUUCAAUGGAUAAGCUGGCAUUUGAUGUAGGAUUGCAAGAGGACACCACAGGUGAAGCGUGCUGGUGGACAAUACACCCUGCUUCUAAACAAAGAUCAGAAGGAGAAAAAGUUCGUGUUGGAGAUGACCUUAUUUUAGUCAGUGUCUCUUCUGAAAGAUACUUGCAUCUCUCCUAUGGCAAUGGUAGCUUACAUGUUGAUGCAGCUUUCCAGCAAACUCUUUGGAGUGUAGCACCAAUCAGUUCAGGAAGUGAAUUUGCCCAAGGAUAUCUGAUAGGUGGGGAUGUUCUGAGGUUAUUGCAUGGUCACAUGGAUGAAUGCUUGACAGUCCCUUCUGGUGAACAUGGAGAAGAACAAAGAAGAACUGUCCAUUAUGAAGGUGGUGCAGUGUCAAUUCAUGCUCGUUCCCUUUGGCGAUUAGAAACUCUGAGAGUUGCGUGGAGUGGAAGCCACAUCAGAUGGGGCCAGCCAUUCCGACUAAGACAUAUAACAACAGGAAAAUAUUUAAGUCUCCUGGAUGACAAGAGUCUUCUUCUAACUGAGAAAGAGCAAGCAGAUGUAAAAUCUACAGCAUUCUGUUUUCGGUCUUCCAAGGAAAAACUGGAUGUAGGGACGAGAAAAGAGGUAGAUGGAAUGGGAGCACCUGAAAUAAAAUAUGGAGAUUCAAUAUGCUUCAUACAGCAUGUAGACACUGGCUUGUGGCUCUCGUACCAGUCUGCUGAUGCAAAGUCUGUAAGAAUGGGUUCUGUGCAACGCAAGGCAAUAAUGCACCAUGAAGGUCACAUGGAUGAUGGUUUAACAUUGUCCAGAUCUCAGCACGAGGAAUCCCGUACAGCACGUGUCAUCCGUAGUACAGUCUUCCUUUUCAACAGAUUUAUAAGGGGCCUUGAUGUUCUCAGCAAAAAAGUGAAGUCUUCCACAGUAGAUUUACCUAUUGAGUCAGUCAGUCUGAGCCUUCAGGACUUGAUUGGCUACUUUCACCCUCCUGAUGAACAUUUAGAGCAUGAAGACAAACAAAACAGGCUCCGCGCACUGAAGAAUCGACAGAACCUCUUCCAGGAAGAGGGCAUGAUCAACCUCGUUCUUGAAUGUAUUGAUCGUUUGAAUGUAUACAGCAGUGCAGCUCAUUUUGCUGAUGUAGCUGGGAAGGAAGCUGGAGAAGCAUGGAAAUCGAUUCUGAAUUCCUUGUAUGAAUUACUAGCGGCUCUUAUUCGAGGGAAUCGUAAAAACUGUGCUCAAUUUUCUGGAUCUCUUGAUUGGCUGAUCAGCAGAUUAGAAAGACUAGAAGCCUCUUCUGGAAUACUAGAAGUUUUACACUGUGUAUUGGUGGAAAGCCCUGAAGCUCUAAACAUUAUUAAGGAAGGACAUAUUAAAUCAAUCAUCUGUCUUUUGGACAAACAUGGAAGAAACCAUAAGGUUUUGGAUGUCUUAUGUUCUCUCUGUGUAUGUCAUGGAGUAGCUGUGCGGUCUAAUCAACAUCUAAUCUGUGAUAAUCUCCUGCCAGGAAGAGAUCUGCUCUUACAGACCCGCCUUGUCAACCACGUGAGCAGCAUGCGGCCAAAUAUUUUCUUGGGAAUUAGUGAAGGCUCUGCCCAGUACAGAAAAUGGUACUAUGAACUUAUGGUGGACCAUCUAGAGCCUUUUGUGACUGCAGAAUCAACUCACCUACGAGUAGGCUGGGCUUCUACAGAGGGCUACUCACCGUAUCCUGGGGGAGGAGCAGAAUGGGGAGGAAAUGGUGUUGGUGAUGACUUGUAUUCUUAUGGCUUUGAUGGUCUGCAUCUAUGGUCAGGCUGUGUAGCUCGAACAGUAAAUUCUCCAAACCAACAUCUGUUAAGAACUGAAGAUGUUAUUAGUUGCUGUUUGGAUCUGAGUGCCCCCAGCAUCUCUUUUCGGAUAAAUGGACAGCCAGUUCAAGGAAUGUUUGAGAAUUUCUGUACUGAAGGGUUUUUCUUCCCUGUUGUAAGCUUAUCUGCAGGAAUAAAGGUACGUUUCUUGCUUGGAGGUCGCCAUGGAGAAUUCAAGUUCCUUCCUCCACCUGGAUAUGCCCCUUGCUUUGAAGCUGUUCUACCAAAAGAGAAAUUAAAAGUGGAGCAUAGCCGAGAGUACAAGCAGGAUCGAAGCUAUACAAGAGACCUGCUGGGUCCCACUCUCAAUCUGUCACAAGCAGCUUUUACCCCAGUUCCUGUAGAUACUAGCCAGAUUGUUUUGCCUCCCCACUUGGAAAGAAUUAGAGAAAAGUUAGCAGAGAACAUCCAUGAACUUUGGGUUAUGAAUAAGAUUGAACUGGGAUGGCAGUAUGGACCAGUUAGAGAUGACAACAAAAGACAACACCCAUGCUUAGUGGAGUUCUCAAAAUUGCCGGAGCAGGAAAGAAAUUAUAAUUUACAAAUGUCACUUGAAACACUGAAAACUCUGCUGGCAUUAGGCUGCCAUGUUGGAAUUGCUGAUGAACGUGCUGAAGAAAAAGUGAAAAAAAUGAAACUUCCAAAGAACUACCAGUUGUUGAGUGGAUAUAAGCCUGCUCCCAUGGAUCUGAGUUUCAUCAAACUGACCCCCUCUCAAGAAGCUAUGGUGGAUAAAUUAGCAGAGAAUGCUCACAAUGUGUGGGCAAGGGACCGAAUCAGGCAAGGCUGGACCUAUGGUAUCCAGCAGGAUGUGAAAAAUCGACGAAAUCCUCGCCUUGUACCUUAUGCCCUUUUGGAUGAUAGAACAAAGAAGUCAAAUAAAGACAGUCUUCGGGAAGCAGUCCGCACCCUUCUAGGCUAUGGCUACAAUCUAGAAGCUCCUGACCAAGACCAUGCAACAAGACUGGAUGUCAGCAAUGGGAUAAUGGAAAAAUUCCGGAUCUUUCGCACAGAGAAAACUUAUGCAGUGAAAUCUGGAAAGUGGUACUUUGAGUUUGAGGCAGUUACAGCAGGAGACAUGAGAGUUGGCUGGACAAGGCCUGGUUGUCUGCCAGAUCAGGAACUUGGCUCAGAUGAAGAAGCUUUUGUUUUUGAUGGCUUUAAGGCACAGCGGUGGCAUCAAGGUAAUGAGCAUUUUGGCCGCUCCUGGUCAGCAGGGGAUGUUGUUGGAUGUAUGGUGGACAUGAAUGAACACACUAUGAUGUUCACCUUAAAUGGUGAAAUCCUGCUUGAUGACUCGGGUUCAGAACUUGCAUUUAAGGAUUUUGAGGUUGGUGAUGGAUUUCUACCUGUGUGUAGCCUGGGCCCAUCUCAAGUGGGAAGAAUGAACUUUGGAAAAGAUGUCAGCACUCUAAAAUAUUUCACUAUCUGUGGAUUACAGGAAGGGUAUGAACCCUUUGCUGUUAAUACAAACAGAGACAUUACCAUUUGGCUCAGUAAAAGGCUCCCUCAGUUUCUACCAGUUCCACAAAAUCAUGAACAUAUUGAGGUGAUGAGAAUUGAUGGAACCAUAGACACUUGUCCUUGCCUGAAGGUCACACAGAAGUCCUUUGGUUCACAGAACAGUAAAACAGACGUCAUGUUUUUUCGAUUAAGUAUGCCCAUUGAAUGUGCUGAGGUGUUCUCCAGAACAGCUGCAGGAGGGUUACCAGGCACAGGUCUUUUUGGCCCGAAGAAUGAUUUGGAUGAUUAUGAUGCUGAUUCUGAUUUUGAGGUUCUAAUGAAAACUGCUCAUGGUCAUCUAGCGGCUGACCGGACAGAAAGAGAAAAAGAUGCCACAAAACCAGAGUUAAAUAACCAUAAGGAUUAUGUUCAAGAAAAACCUUCACGUCUUAAACAAAGAUUUAUGCUUAGGAGGACAAAACCAGAUUAUAGUACAAGCCAUUCUGCAAGGCUUACUGAGGAUGUGCUAGCAGAUGAAAGGGAUGACUAUGAAUAUUUAAUGCAAACGUCUACGUACUAUUAUUCAGUGAGAAUAUUUCCUGGUCAAGAACCUGCUAAUGUUUGGGUGGGUUGGAUUACAUCUGACUUUCAUCAGUAUGACACAAGCUUUGACUUGGACAGAGUGCGUACAGUUACAGUAACUCUGGGAGAUGAAAAAGGAAAGGUCCAUGAGAGCAUAAAACGCAGCAACUGCUAUAUGGUAUGCGCUGGAGAGAGCAUGAGCCCUGGGCAAGGACGUAAUAAUAAUGGUCUGGAGAUUGGUUGCUUAGUUGAUGCUGCCAGUGGCCUGCUGACCUUCACGGCUAAUGGCAAAGAACUGGGCACAUACUAUCAGGUUGAACCAAGUACAAAGUUAUUUCCUGCUGUAUUUGCUCAAGCUACAAGUCCCAAUGUUUUCCAGUUUGAGUUGGGUAGAAUAAAGAAUGUAAUGCCAUUAUCUGCUGGUUUAUUCAAAAGUGAACACAAAAACCCAGUCUCCCAGUGUCCUCCACGUCUCCAUGUCCAGUUUCUGACUCAUGUGCUUUGGAGUAGAGUGCCAAACCACUUCUUGAAAGUUGAUGUGUCUAGGAUCAGCGAACGUCAAGGCUGGAUGAUACAGUGUCUGAAUCCUUUGCAGUUCAUGGCUCUUCACAUUCCUGAAGAAAACAGAACAAUUGAUAUUUUGGAGCUGACAGAACAGGAAGAACUGCUGAAAUUUCACUACCAUACUCUCCGAUUGUAUUCAGCUGUGUGUGCUUUAGGGAACAACCGAGUGGCCCAUGCUAUGUGUAGCCAUGUGGAUGAAUCUCAGCUUCUAUAUGCAAUUGAGAAUAAAUAUAUGCCAGGAUUAUUACGUGCGGGAUAUUAUGACUUACUCAUAGACAUUCAUCUCAAUACCUAUGCAACUGCCAGGUUAAUGAUGAAUAAUGAAUUUAUUGUUCCAAUGACUGAUGAGACCAAGAGUAUUACCUUGUUUCCUGAUGAAAACAAGAAACAUGGCCUCCCUGGUAUAGGACUCAGCACUUCCUUAAGGCCAAGAAUGCAGUUCUCCUCACCGAGUUUUGUAAGCAUUAACAGUGAAUGCUUUCAGUUCAGUCCUGAAUUCCCGCUAGAAAUCUUAAAGGCCAAAACAAUAGAGAUGCUGACUGAAGCUGUUCAGGAGGGCAGCCUCCAUGUCAGAGACCCAGUUGGAGGUUCGACAGAAUUUUUGUUUGUCCCUCUCAUCAAGCUCUUUUACACCCUCCUAAUUAUGGGAAUCUUCCACAACGCAGAUCUGAAACACAUCUUGCAGUUGAUUGAGCCACGUGUUUUCAAAGAAGCUGCGAGUCUGGAGGAGGAAAAGGAACUCUCAGAGAAGGACCUGAGUUCGAAUGAGCUCAAGUCAGAAGGAGAGGAAGAAACGAGAGGGGAGCAAGUGCCAAAGGAAGGACUCCUUCAGAUGAAACUUCCUGAACCUGUUAAACUACAGAUGUGUCAUCUACUUCAGUACCUGUGUGAUUGCCAGGUACGACACCGGAUAGAAGCCAUUGUAGCAUUUUCAGAUGAUUUUGUGGCCAAGCUUCAAGAGAAUCAGCGCUUCCGGUAUAAUGAGCUUAUGCAAGCCCUGAACAUGUCUGCUGCUUUGACUGCCAAGAAGACUAAGGAAUUUCGAUCUCCUCCACAAGAACAGAUUAACAUGCUGCUGAACUUUAAAGAUGAUAAAACCGAUUGUCCUUGCCCUGAAGAAAUUCGGGAUCAACUCUUGGAUUUUCAUGAAGACCUAAUGACACACUGUGGAAUUGAACUGGAUGAAGAUGGAACUUUGGAUGGAAAUAGUGAUUUAACUAUUAGGGGUCGCCUCCUGUACCUGGUAGAAAAAGUUACAUAUCUGAAGAAGAAGCAGGCUGAGAAACCAGUUGAUGAUGACGCUAAGACAUCCUCUACUCUUCAGCAGUUGAUUUCAGAUACAAUGGUGCGUUGGGCCCAGGAAUCAGUAAUAGAAGACCCAGAGUUAGUCAGAGCCAUGUUUGUACUGCUCCAUCGCCAGUAUGAUGGUAUUGGUGGCUUGGUUCGAGCCUUACCAAAGACCUACACCAUAAAUAGUGUGUCUGUGGAAGAUACAAUCAAUCUUUUGGCAUCCCUUGGACAAAUCCGUUCCUUGCUCAGUGUCAGAAUGGGGAAGGAGGAAGAGAAACUUAUGAUUCGUGGAUUAGGAGACAUCAUGAAUAAUAAAGUAUUUUAUCAACAUCCCAAUCUCAUGAGAGCUUUAGGCAUGCAUGAGACAGUCAUGGAAGUGAUGGUAAAUGUACUUGGUGGAGGAGAAUCCAAGGAAAUCACUUUCCCAAAAAUGGUGGCAAACUGCUGUCGUUUCCUAUGUUAUUUUUGCCGCAUUAGUAGGCAGAAUCAAAAAGCUAUGUUUGAUCAUCUUAGCUAUUUAUUGGAAAAUAGCAGUGUUGGCCUUGCCUCUCCUUCUAUGCGAGGAUCAACUCCUUUAGAUGUUGCAGCAGCAUCUGUAAUGGAUAACAAUGAACUUGCACUAGCUUUAAGGGAGCCUGAUCUGGAGAAGGUGGUUCGAUACUUGGCUGGAUGUGGAUUGCAGAGUUGUCCUUUGUUGAUUUCUAAAGGCUAUCCAGACAUUGGAUGGAAUCCAGUUGAAGGAGAGCGAUAUUUGGAUUUUCUUCGUUUUGCUGUAUUUUGCAAUGGAGAGAGUGUGGAGGAGAAUGCCAAUGUUGUAGUAAGACUGCUUAUUCGUCGACCGGAAUGUUUUGGUCCAGCUCUAAGAGGAGAAGGAGGAAAUGGUCUACUUGCUGCCAUGGAGGAAGCAAUACAAAUAUCAGAAGAUGCAACAAGGGAUGGACCUUCCCCAAAUAAUGGAUCUAGUAGAACGCUUGAAAUUGAAGAACAAGAAGAUGACACUAUUCAUAUGGGGAAUGCAAUCAUGACCUUUUAUGCUGCUCUGAUUGAUCUCUUGGGACGCUGUGCCCCUGAAAUGCAUCUAAUACAUGCUGGUAAAGGGGAGGCCAUAAGAAUCAGAUCAAUUCUCAGGUCUUUGAUUCCGCUGGAAGAUUUGGUGGGCGUAAUUAGCAUUCCAUUCCACAUGCCAACCAUAGCUAAAGAUGGUACUGUGGUGGAACCUGACAUGUCUGCGGGGUUUUGCCCAGAUCACAAGGCAGCCAUGGUUUUGUUCCUUGACAGGGUCUAUGGAAUUGAGGAUCAGGAUUUUCUUCUGCAUCUUCUUGAAGUUGGCUUUCUGCCAGAUCUCCGUGCUGCUGCAUCUUUAGAUACAGCUGCUUUAAGCGCUACAGAUAUGGCUUUAGCUCUGAAUCGAUACCUUUGCACAGCAGUCUUGCCUCUGUUGACCAGAUGCGCUCCUCUUUUUGCUGGCACAGAGCACCAUGCUUCCCUUAUUGAUUCCUUAUUACAUACUGUGUACAGACUUUCAAAGGGCUGCUCUCUUACCAAAGCUCAGCGAGAUUCCAUUGAGGAGUGUUUACUUUCUAUCUGUGGGCAGUUGAGACCUUCUAUGAUGCAGCAUUUGCUGAGAAGAUUAGUAUUUGAUGUUCCCCUAUUAAAUGAACAUGCAAAGAUGCCUCUCAAGUUGCUGACAAAUCAUUAUGAAAGAUGCUGGAAGUAUUAUUGUUUACCAGGUGGAUGGGGUAACUUCGGUGCUGCCUCAGAAGAAGAACUUCAUUUAUCCAGAAAGUUGUUCUGGGGUAUUUUUGAUGCUUUGUCUCAAAAGAAGUAUGAACAGGAACUGUUCAAACUGGCUUUGCCUUGUUUGAGUGCAGUUGCAGGGGCAUUACCUCCAGAUUAUAUGGAAUCAAAUUAUGUCAAUAUGAUGGAAAAACAAUCUUCGAUGGAUUCGGAUGGAAACUUUAAUCCUCAACCUGUUGAUACUUCAAACAUUACAAUCCCUGAAAAGCUAGAAUAUUUCAUUAACAAAUAUGCGGAACAUUCUCAUGAUAAAUGGUCAAUGGAAAAGUUUGCCAAUGGAUGGACAUAUGGUGAAACAUAUUCUGAAUCUGCAAAAGUGCAACCAUUAAUGAAACAGUAUAAAUUACUCUCUGAAAAGGAGAAAGAAAUUUAUCGAUGGCCCAUCAAAGAAUCGCUAAAAACCAUGCUGGCGUGGGGAUGGCGGAUUGAAAGGACACGGGAGGGAGAUUCCAUGGCAUUGUAUAAUCGGACACGUCGCAUAUCUCAAACCAGUCAAAUCUCUGUAGAUGCUGCCCAUGGUUACAGUCCUCGAGCCAUUGAUAUGAGCAAUGUUACCCUCUCCAGAGAUGUGCAUGCUAUGGCAGAGAUGAUGGCUGAAAACUACCAUAACAUAUGGGCAAAGAAAAAGAAAAUGGAGCUUGAAGCAAAAGUAGGAGGAGGCAACCAUCCCCUUCUUGUUCCUUAUGAUACACUCACAGCCAAAGAAAAAGCUAAGGACAGAGAAAAAGCACAGGAUAUUCUGAAAUUUCUACAGAUUAAUGGAUAUGUAGUCUCCAGAGGACUUAAGGACCUGGAAUUGGACACACCUUCCAUUGAGAAACGCUUUGCCUACAGUUUUCUCCAGCAGCUUAUAAGAUAUGUAGAUGAAGCUCAUCAGUACAUUUUGGAAUUUGAUGGUGGCAGCAGAGGCAAAGGAGAACAUUUCCCAUAUGAACAAGAAAUCAAGUUUUUUGCCAAAGUUGUGCUCCCUUUGAUUGAUCAGUAUUUCAAAAAUCAUCGCUUGUAUUUCUUAUCUGCAGCAAGUAGGCCUCUCAGCAGUGGAGGCCAUGCCUCUAAUAAGGAGAAAGAAAUGGUGACAAGCCUGUUCUGCAAACUUGGAGUUCUUGUCAGGCAUAGGAUUUCACUGUUUGGAAAUGAUGCAACAUCAAUAGUCAACUGUCUUCACAUACUGGGCCAGACCUUGGAUGCCAGAACUGUGAUGAAAACUGGUCUGGAGUCUGUUAAGAUGGCAUUGAGAGCAUUUUUGGAUAAUGCUGCUGAGGAUCUGGAGAAAACAAUGGAAAAUCUUAAGCAAGGCCAGUUUACACACAGCAGAAACCAGCCCAAGGGAGUUACACAAAUCAUUAAUUAUACCACAGUGGCUCUCCUGCCAGUGCUGUCUUCAUUAUUUGAGCAUAUUGGACAGCACCAAUUUGGUGAAGAUUUGAUAUUGGAAGAUGUUCAAGUUUCUUGUUAUAGAAUACUAUCCAGUCUGUAUGCUCUGGGAACCAGCAAAAGUAUAUAUGUAGAGCGGCAACGAUCAGCACUAGGAGAAUGCUUGGCUGCUUUCUCGGGUGCCUUUCCAGUGGCUUUUUUGGAAACUCAUUUGAACAAACAUAAUAUCUACUCAAUAUACAAUACCAAGAAUGCAAGAGACAGAGCAGUUCUUAAUUUACCUACUAGCGUAGAAGAAGUUUGCCCAAAUAUUCCGUCCUUGGUGAAGCUAAUGGAAGAAAUUGUGGAAUUGGCAGAAUCUGGUAUUCGCUACACACAAAUGCCACAUAUAAUGGAAGUGAUACUGCCUAUGUUAUGUAGUUACAUGUCACACUGGUGGGAGCAUGGGCCAGAAAACAAUCCUGACAAAGCUGAAGUGUGUUGUACAGCCUUGACAUCAGAGCACAUGAACACUCUGUUGGGUAACAUAUUGAAAAUCAUCUAUAACAACCUUGGUAUUGAUGAAGGAGCCUGGAUGAAGAGGUUAGCAGUGUUUUCCCAGCCCAUCAUAAGCAAAGCGAAGCCACAACUCUUAAAGACACACUUCCUGCCACUGAUGGAUAAGCUAAAGAAAAAAGCAGCAGUGGUUGUAUCGGAUGAAGAGCAUCUAAGAGCAGAAGGCAGAGGUGACAUGUCGGAGGCUGAACUGCUCAUCCUAGAUGAGUUCACCACUUUGGCACGGGACCUCUAUGCCUUCUACCCUUUGUUGAUUAGAUUUGUGGACUAUAACAGGGCAAAAUGGCUGAAAGAGCCCAACCCUGAGGCUGAGGAAUUGUUCCGCAUGGUGGCUGAAGUCUUUAUUUACUGGUCAAAGUCUCAUAAUUUCAAAAGGGAAGAGCAGAACUUUGUGGUACAAAAUGAAAUCAACAAUAUGUCCUUCCUUAUCAGUGACACCAAAUCUAAGAUGUCCAAGGCAGCCGUUUCUGAUCAAGAGAGGAAGAAGAUGAAGCGGAAAGGUGACCGGUACUCUAUGCAGACCUCUCUCAUUGUGGCAGCACUGAAGAGAUUACUUCCUAUUGGCCUAAAUAUUUGUGCUCCUGGAGACCAAGAUCUAAUUGCACUGGCCAAAAACCGAUUCAGCAUGAAAGAUACCGAGGAUGAGGUACGAGAUAUCAUUCGCAGUAAUCUUCAUCUCCAGGGCAAGCUUGAGGAUCCUGCCAUUAGAUGGCAGAUGGCACUUUACAAAGAUUUACCUAACAGGACUGAAGAUUCAUCAGAUCCAGAGAAGACUGUGGAAAGAGUUCUUGAUAUAGCUAAUGUACUGUUUCAUCUGGAGCAGGUUGAACAUCCUCAGCGAUCCAAAAAAGCAGUUUGGCACAAGCUGCUGUCAAAACAACGCAAAAGAGCUGUUGUUGCUUGUUUUAGAAUGGCACCGUUAUACAACCUGCCCAGGCACCGAGCUGUCAAUCUCUUUCUUCAAGGAUAUGAUAAAUCUUGGAUUGAAACAGAAGAGCACUAUUUUGAAGACAAACUGAUAGAAGAUUUAGCAAAACCUGGAGAGGAGCCACCAGAAGAAGAUGAAAGCCUUAAAAGAGUGGACCCGUUACAUCAACUUAUUCUGCUAUUCAGUCGAACAGCCUUAACUGAAAAAUGCAAAUUGGAGGAAGAUUUUCUCUAUAUGGCUUAUGCUGACAUUAUGGCAAAGAGUUGCCAUGAUGAAGAAGAUGAUGAUGGUGAAGAAGAAGUGAAGAGCUUUGAAGUCACAGGAUCCCAACGCAGCAAGCACGAUAAUAUCAAAGAUUUAAGAAACAAAUUUGCCAGCCUCGGCGAGAACUCUCUGGAGAAAGAAAUGGAAAAGCAGAGAACUCUUUAUCAGCAAGCUCGCUUGCAUGAUCGUGGAGCUGCUGAGAUGGUCCUUCAGAUGAUCAGUGCAAGCAAAGGUGAGAUGGGGCCAAUGGUUGCAGCUACCCUGAAGCUAGGAAUUGCCAUUUUAAAUGGAGGAAAUUCUACUGUUCAGCAGAAAAUGCUUGACUACCUCAAGGAUAAGAAAGAUGUGGGUUUCUUUCAGAGUCUUGCUGGUCUUAUGCAGUCCUGUAGUGUUCUUGAUCUAAAUGCAUUUGAACGUCAAAACAAAGCAGAAGGCCUUGGCAUGGUGACUGAAGAGGGAUCAGUCAUCACUAAUGAGCGCGGAGAAAAGGUGAUGCAGGAUGAUGAGUUCACCUGUGACCUCUUUCGCUUUCUUCAAUUGCUUUGUGAAGGACACAAUUCAGAUUUUCAGAAUUACCUGAGAACUCAGACUGGUAACAACACAACUGUUAAUAUUAUCAUUUCCACUGUGGAUUACUUAUUGAGAGUUCAGGAGUCCAUCAGUGAUUUCUAUUGGUACUAUUCUGGGAAGGAUGUUAUUGAUGAACAAGGGCAACGAAAUUUUUCCAAAGCCAUCCAGGUUGCAAAACAAGUUUUCAAUACACUCACGGAGUAUAUCCAGGGGCCAUGUACUGGUAACCAACAGAGUCUGGCUCAUAGUAGGCUGUGGGAUGCAGUUGUUGGAUUUCUUCAUGUAUUUGCUCACAUGCAGAUGAAGCUGUCUCAGGAUUCCAGUCAAAUUGAAUUACUGAAAGAAUUAAUGGAUCUUCAGAAGGAUAUGGUUGUAAUGUUGCUGUCUAUGCUGGAAGGUAAUGUUGUGAAUGGAACUAUUGGCAAGCAAAUGGUUGAUAUGCUUGUGGAAUCGUCCAACAAUGUGGAGAUGAUUCUGAAGUUUUUUGAUAUGUUCUUAAAACUGAAGGAUCUGACUUCUUCUGAUGCGUUCAAAGAGUAUGAUCCUGAUGGCAAAGGCAUAAUUUCAAAAAGGGAUUUCCACAAAGCAAUGGAAAGCCAUAAGCAUUACACCCAGUCUGAAACUGAAUUUUUGCUAUCGUGUGCUGAAACGGAUGAGAAUGAGACUCUGGACUACGAGGAGUUUGUGAAACGAUUCCAUGAGCCUGCCAAAGACAUUGGUUUCAAUGUUGCUGUUCUCCUGACCAACCUUUCCGAACACAUGCCCCAUGAUACUCGCUUGCAAACUUUUCUUGAACUGUCAGAAAGUGUGCUGAAUUACUUUCAGCCUUUUCUCGGACGUAUAGAAAUUAUGGGCAGUGCAAAGCGCAUUGAACGAGUGUAUUUUGAAAUAAGUGAGUCAAGUCGGACUCAGUGGGAAAAACCUCAGGUGAAAGAGUCCAAAAGGCAGUUUAUAUUUGAUGUUGUAAAUGAAGGUGGGGAGAAAGAAAAGAUGGAGCUUUUUGUUAAUUUCUGUGAAGAUACCAUCUUUGAAAUGCAACUGGCUGCCCAAAUCUCUGAGUCAGAUCUGAAUGAAAGGUCAGCAAAUAAAGAGGACAAUGAGAAAGAUAAGCCUGAGGAACAGGAUCCUGGAAUGGGUUUCUUCUCACUUGUAACUAUGAAGUCAGCAUUAAUAGCGCUCAAGUAUAAUUUAAUGACUCUUAUGAAAAUGCUCAGCAUGAAGAGCCUAAAGAAACAGAUGAAAAAAGUGAAGAAAAUGACCAUGAAGGACAUGGUUAUGGCUUUAUUUUCUUCCUACUGGAGCAUUUUAAUGGGUUUGCUGCAUUUUGCCUAUAGCGUCUUCCGGGGCUUCUUUCGCAUCAUUUGCAGUUUGCUGCUUGGAGGAAGCCUAGUAGAAGGAGCAAAGAAAAUCAAAGUGGCUGAGCUAUUAGCUAAUAUGCCAGAUCCCACUCAGGAUGAGGUGCGUGGGGAAGGAGAAGAGGGGGAGAGGAAGCCAGCAGAAACUGCACUGCCUACUGAAGACUUGACUGAUUUGAGAACUUUAUCAGAGGAAAGUGAUCUGCUCUCAGAUAUAUUUGGUUUGGAUUUGAAACGAGAAGGUGGACAGUAUAAAUUGAUCCCUCACAACCCAAAUGCUGGUUUGAGUGAUUUACUGAGCAGUCCUUCUGUAGCACCAAUGCCUGAGGCACAGGAAAAAGUCCAGGAACAGGUGAAAGAAGAUGAAAAGGAAGAGAAAGAAGAAACAAAAUCUGAACCUGAAAAAGCAGAAGGAGAGGAUGGAGAAAAAGAAGAGAAAGCAAAGGAAGACAAAGUAAAACAGAAGUUAAGACAGCUUCAUACUCACAGAUAUGGAGAACCAGAAAUUCAGGAAUCAGCUUUCUGGAAGAAAAUCAUUGCAUAUCAACAGAAGCUUCUCAACUAUUUUGCUCGAAACUUUUAUAACAUGAGGAUGUUGGCGUUAUUUGUUGCCUUUGCCAUCAACUUCAUCCUGCUUUUCUAUAAGGUCUCCACCUCUGCUGUGACAGAAGAAAAGGAAAUUCCUGUAGUGUCUACUGGAGAAAGUAUGAAGUUGGACAGCUUGGCGAGUGACAGCCAGAGGGUCAUUGCCGUGCAUUAUGUCCUGGAAGAAAGCAGUGGCUACAUGGAGCCCACACUGCGAAUUUUGGCCAUCUUGCACACAGUCAUCUCAUUCUUCUGCAUCAUUGGAUACUACUGUUUGAAAGUCCCACUGGUAAUUUUUAAGAGAGAAAAGGAGGUAGCUAGGAAGCUGGAAUUUGAUGGAUUAUACAUAACUGAACAACCCUCUGAAGAUGAUAUUAAAGGACAGUGGGAUCGCCUGGUUAUAAACACACAGUCUUUUCCAAACAACUAUUGGGACAAAUUUGUGAAAAGAAAGGUCAUGGAUAAAUACGGUGAGUUCUAUGGCCGAGACAGAAUCAGUGAGUUACUAGGAAUGGACAAAGCUGCUCUCGAUUUUAGCGAUGCUAGAGAAAAGAAGAAACCAAAGAAGGAUAGCUCCUUAUCUGCUGUGCUAAACUCCAUUGAUGUUAAGUAUCAGAUGUGGAAAUUAGGAGUUGUUUUCACUGAUAAUUCUUUCCUUUACUUAGCUUGGUACACAACUAUGUCUAUCCUUGGGCACUACAACAAUUUCUUUUUUGCUGCUCAUCUGCUGGACAUUGCUAUGGGAUUCAAGACAUUGCGAACUAUUCUCUCAUCAGUGACCCACAAUGGCAAACAGCUUGUCCUAACAGUGGGAUUACUGGCUGUAGUGGUUUACUUGUACACAGUAGUGGCAUUCAAUUUUUUCCGAAAGUUCUACAACAAAAGUGAAGAUGGUGAUAUGCCAGAUAUGAAAUGUGAUGACAUGCUGACAUGCUACAUGUUUCACAUGUAUGUUGGAGUGCGUGCAGGUGGAGGCAUUGGUGAUGAAAUAGAGGAUCCAGCAGGAGAUGAAUAUGAAAUCUAUCGAAUUAUCUUUGACAUCACUUUCUUCUUCUUUGUGAUUGUCAUCCUGCUUGCCAUUAUUCAAGGGUUAAUCAUUGAUGCUUUUGGUGAGUUAAGAGAUCAGCAAGAGCAAGUUAAGGAAGACAUGGAGACAAAGUGCUUUAUAUGUGGAAUAGGAAAUGACUAUUUUGAUACAGUGCCUCAUGGCUUUGAAACUCAUACACUGCAGGAGCACAACUUGGCCAAUUAUUUAUUUUUUCUGAUGUAUCUUAUUAACAAAGAUGAAACAGAGCAUACAGGACAGGAAUCCUAUGUGUGGAAAAUGUAUCAGGAACGAUGCUGGGAGUUUUUUCCUGCAGGCGAUUGUUUCCGAAAACAGUAUGAAGACCAGCUUAACUAAGCAAAGACAAGGAUUUCCUUGUGUUUUCCAAGUCCUUUGGGAAUGUCCAAUGGAUUUCUUAAAUCCCCAAAGCUCUGUGGUUUUGGAGCACCAAAGCUCUGUUUUUAAUGACCCAACUGCGCUUUUAUUUUCUUGUGUAUUUGCUUUGAGAAUACUGGAGUAAAGAACAAUUUAAAACAACAGCAACUCUGGAAAACAGAUCAACCACUUGCACAGACAAACAAUAUCCGUCUAGAUAACAUGCACACAUAAGAAGAGACUUGAGUCAGCUUCUUUCUGAAACUGCCAGAUUAUGCCCUUAUCUAUAAAGUCUCACAUGGGGUGACACAGUAGCAACACUCAUUCAAUCUAUUUAUUUCAUCAUCCUGGAAGGAACUAUAUGUAGUUCACAGAGCACUGUAAAAGAUUGUUGUGGACACAAAGUUGUUGGGAAAUAGUGCCUUACUAUAUGUGGGUUGAGCUAUGCAGAAGAUGAGUGCAUGAUGACAUUGUAUUUUUAUUUUUCUUUCUGUCUUCCUUUUCUUCCUAGUUAAUAUUUAUUUUGUGAUUUUGGUGAGUUUGGGAGGAAGGGACUUGAUUGUGCACAUCUUUUUAUCAAGACUGGAGUGUCUCAGGACAAGAUUAGGUUAUUCUCAUUGAGUUCAGUUCACAUUUACCUUCCUCUUUAGCUUUUGCUCUUAUUUUGGUAAUGCUCUGAUACAACACUGCAACUUUAUGAAAUCUUUGUAUGAAGAUGAGAAGACUGCAAAAAAACAAAAAACAAAAAACAAAAAAAACACAAAACACUUUAACAAGAAAUGUUUCAUUGCAUGUUUAUUAUGCAAGUUUAAAACAAUCAAAGAAACAACCUUCAAAAGUACGUUGAUUAACAUGAAAAAAAAAAACAUUCACAAUAAUUAUCUCCAUAGUAAUAAAGUGUUGUGGGCUUUAUUGUACAUCUGAAAAAAGUGUCAUCAGCCAACAAUGUAUAUGUUAUGAAUCUGAUCGUAGUUUUGGUUUCUUUUGUUUUUCUUUCUUUCAUUUCUGCCACCUGUGAUUGAUAGUGGAGUUGAAGAUAUUCUUGUUAAAUUAUUUUUUAAAAUCAAAGCUGAAGCAAUAUCCAUUCAGGGAUCCCAUCAAUUGCAUCAUAAAACACCAAUGAUGUGUACGUCACUCCAUUUUGAGUCCUUUUCAACUGUAAUGCCAGUCUUUACAAAUAAAAAAAGAGAUUCAGAAUGGAAACAA